AUGUCCAGAAUCUUCCAGAAUCCGGAAAACCUCUACUCGGUGGAGGUGGCCUACCUCGAGAUCUACCACGAGAACGGCUACGACCUGCUGGAUCGGAAGCAGCGCGAGGCCGCGACUCGAUUGGAGGAUUUACCGAAAGGCACCAUCCAAGAAGACGAGGCAGGUUGCCUGCAUCUCAAGAACCUCGGUUUCCGACCUGUUGAGGAUGAGAGGCAGGCCCUCGAAUUGCUCUUCAUGGGCGAUGCCAAUCGGGCAAUAUACGAGACGCCGAUGAAUCCUCUGUCUUCGAGGUCGCACUGUGUCUUCACGAUAGUCGUGAUCGUGAAAAAAUUCGCCGCCAAUCGCUACAGUAGAGCGAAGAUGCAUCUAGUGGAUCUUGCAGGGUGA